AGAGCAGCAAGGCAGCAGCAAAGCAUCGUCGAGCGACACAAGGCAAAAGCAGCAGCCAGGACGCUCGUCUCUCUCCCGGGGGGAGGGUGCGUGCGUGGGCCGCCCCAGAGCAACAUGUUCCCCGCGCGGGGACGCGGAAAGAAGCGCUCCGGGAGCUCGACGGCGGCGGUGCAGCCGCAGCAUCGGCAUCGGCAUCGGCAUCGGCAUCGGCAGCGGCAGCGGCGGCCGCGGACCAUGGCUGCGUCUGGACGGGUCAGGAAGAUGUGGGUCUCCUGUUGGAUUCUGCUCUCGGCGACGUGCUUCUGUGCCCGGGCUCAAGUAGAUGACGUGCCACCUUACUUCAAGAUGGAGCCCCCUCAGAUCCAGGUUCACCUGGAGGGCAACCGGCUCGUCCUCACCUGCAUGGCGGAGGGCAGCUGGCCUCUGGAGUUCAAGUGGAUCUACAACGGCACCGAGCUCACGCGCUUUUCCUUGGAAUACAGGUAUCUCAUCCCCUCGCUGGACCGAUCCCACGCCGGCCACUACCGCUGCAUCGUGCGGAAUCGAGUGGGGGCCAUCAUGCAGUGCAGCACUGAAGUGAGGGUCGCUUACAUGAGCGGCUUCGUGGAGGGCGAGCGCUCGCAGACGGUGUCGCAGGGCGACGGCGCCCUCGUCCGCGCGCCGCGCAUCCACAGCUUCCCCAAGCCCCAGAUCACGUGGUUCCGCGACGGACGCAAGAUCCCCUCCGGCGGCCGCAUCGCCAUCACCCUCGACAACACCCUGGUCAUCCUGUCCACUGUGGCGCCCGACGCCGGCCGCUACUACGCACAGGCCGUCAACGACAAAAACGGCGAGAACAAAACCAGUCAGCCCGUCACGCUCGCCGUGGAGAAUGUGGGAGGACCCGCGGACCCCGUCGCCCCCUCCAUCAUCGUCCCCCCGAAGAACACCAGCGUGACCGUUGGGCGGAACGAGGCCAUCUUGGAGUGCGUCGCCAACGCCAGGCCGCUGGUCAAGAUGAGCAUCACGUGGAGGAAAGACGGCGCGGUCGUCCGCGCGGGGAUCCGAGAUUUCGGCCGCCGACUGGUCAUCGGCCAGCCGACGGUCGCCGACGGCGGCUACUACGAGUGCGAGGCGGCGCUCCGCGGCAGCGGCGUGCCCCCGGUCACGACCGGCGCCUUUCUGCACGUGCUCGAAUACCCUCUGUUUGUGAAAGAGCCACCCAUUCACAUCACUGCUGAGAUGGAGAAGGUGGUGGACAUCCCGUGCCAGGCUCGAGGCACGCCUCAGCCAGACAUCGUGUGGUACAAGGACGCGGCGGCCAUCAGCACGGUGAAGAUCCCCAGGUACAAAAUUCUGGCGGGAGGCAGUCUGCAGAUCAACGGCCUGCUGCCCGACGACACGGGAAUGUUCCAGUGCUUCGCCCGCAAUCUGGCCGGAGAGAUCCAGACCAACACCUACCUCGCAGUCACCAGCAUCGCUCCCAACAUCACCGCCGGCCCCGCUGACAGCGCCGUGAUUGACAGCAUGUCAGUCAUCCUGCACUGCGAGACGUCCGGAGCCCCGCGGCCAGCCAUCACCUGGCAGAAAGGUGAGCGCGUCCUGGCCAGCGGCUCGGUUCAGCUGCCCAGGUUCACCCUGCUGGAGUCGGGCAGCCUGCUCAUCAGUCCGUCCCACCUGUCCGACGCGGGGACGUACACCUGCAUGGCCAGCAACUCCAGAGGCAUCGACGAAGCCUCUGCCGACCUGGUGGUGUGGGCACGCACCCGCAUCACCAAGCCGCCGCAGGACCAGAGCGUCAUCAAGGGAACCAAGGCGGUCAUGGCCUGCGGCGUUACACACGACCCCAGCGUCAGCAUCAGCUACGUGUGGGAGAAAAGCGGUUCUGCGCUGGACGUGAACGCGUCGCCCCGCCUGCGACUGGACGCCGAGGGCACCCUGCACAUCUCCCAGACGUGGUCCGGCGACAUCGGCACGUACACCUGCCGCGUCGCCUCCGUGGGCGGCAACGACUCCCGCAGCGCCCACCUCCGAGUCAGGCAACUCCCUCACGCGCCCGAGAACCCCGUGGCGGCGCUGAGCAGGACGGAGAAGCGCGCCAUCAACCUGACGUGGGCUCAGGCCUUUGACGGCAACAGCCCGCUCAUCCGCUACAUCCUGGAAGUGUCCGAGAACAACGCCCCGUGGACGGUGCUCCUGGCCAACAUCGACCCUGAGUCCAACGGGGUAGCGGUGGGCGGCCUCAUCCCGGCACGCUCCUAUCAGUUCCGCCUGUGCGCCGUCAACGACGUCGGCCGAGGACAGUUCAGCAAAGAGAGCGAGCGGCUAACCCUUCCCGAGGAGCCCCCCAGCGCGCCCCCUCAGACGGUGAUGGCCAGCGGCCGCACCAACCAGUCCAUUAUGAUUCAGUGGCAGCCGCCCCCCGAGAGCCACCAGAACGGCCCCCUGCAGGGUUACGUCAUCAGGUACUGUUUGUCCGGGCUUCCUGUGGACUGUCAGAUAAGGAACAUCACCAGCCCGGAUCAGAGCAGCCUGCUGCUGGAGGACCUCAUCAUAUGGACCAACUACGAGAUCGAGGUGGCCGCCUACAACGGGGCGGGCAGGGGCGUCUACAGCCACAAGGUGACCGAGUGGACGCUGCAAGGAGUGCCCACGGUGCCACCGGGAAAUGUGCAAGCCGAGCCGGUCAACUCCACCACGGUGCGCUUCACCUGGCGCGCCCCCAGUCCGCAGUUCAUCAACGGAAUCAACCAGGGCUACAAGCUGUUGGCGUGGGAGCCCGGCCGGGCCGGCGAGGUCGCCGCGGUGACGGCGCGCCCCAAUUUCCAGGACAGCGUCCACGUGGGCUUCAUCUCGGGCCUGAAGAAGUUCACCGAGUACGACACGUCGGUGCUGUGCUUCACCACGCCGGGGGACGGCCCGCGCAGCCCCCCUCAGCGACUGCGCACCCACGAGGACACCCCCGGUGCUGUGGGACACCUCAGCUUCACCGACAUUUUGGAUACCUCCCUAAAAGUCAGCUGGAAGGAGCCUCAGGAGAAAAACGGGCUUCUCACAGGCUAUCGCAUCUCGUGGGAGGAGUUCAACAGGACCAACACGCGGGUGACGCACUACCUGCCCAACCUGACGCAGGAGUACAAGGUGACGGGCCUGACCGCGCUCACCACGUACACCAUCCAGGUGGCCGCCAUGACCGCCAAGGGACAAGGCCAGCUGUCCGCCUCCACCAUCUCCUCGGGCGUCCCGCCAGAGCUACCCGGGCCCCCGACCAACUUGGCCAUUUCCAACGUGGGCGCUCGCUCCGUCAGUCUGCAGUUCAAGCCCGGCUACGACGGCAAGACGUCCAUUUCCCGCUGGCAGGUGGAAGCCCAGAUCGGCAUCAUCGGGGAGAAUGAGGAGUGGCUGAUGGUUCACCAGCUGGCUAACGAGCCUGACGCCCGAGCAAUGGAGGUCCUGGAACUGAAUCCUUACACCUUCUACAGGUUCAGAAUGCGGCAGGUGAACAUCGUGGGCACCAGCCCCCCCAGUCAACCUUCUAGAAAGAUCCAGACCCUUCAGGCCCCUCCGGACGUCUCCCCCGCCAACGUCACCCUACGCACGGCCAGCGAGACCAGCCUGUGGGUCCGCUGGGUGCCUCUUCCCGAAUGGGAGUACAACGGAAAUCCCGAUCUGGUCGGCUACCGCAUCCAGUACUCCAAAUCCGGCUCCAAAGGAGGCGUUCUCUCGCACGUCAUCAUGGACCGGCUGGAGCGGGAGUUCACCAUCGAGGACCUGGAGGAGUGGACCGAGUACGAGGUCCGACUUCAAGCCGUCAACGGGAUCGGGUCCGGACCCUGGAGCCAGCCGGUCCACGGGAGAACCAGAGAGUCCGUGCCUUCCAGUGGUCCCGCCAAUGUGUCGGCCUUUGCCACCACCUCCAGCAGGAUCCUGGUGCGCUGGGGCCAGGUCCCGGAGACGGACCGCAACGGACUCAUCCUGGGAUACAAUGUCAUCUACAAAGAGAAGGACUCAGAUUCGGCUCCGAGCUUCUGGACGGUGGAGGGCAACACGAGCCACAGUGUCCUGCUGACGGGUCUGGGCAAGUACGUGCUCUAUGAGAUCCGGGUACUCGCCUUCACCCGCAUCGGCGACGGGAGGAGCAGUGCGCCGUCCAUCUUGGAAAGGACCCUGGAUGAUGUGCCAGGCCCUCCAGUUGGCAUCCUGUUCCCUGAAGUGAGAACCACCUCCGUCAGGCUCAUCUGGCAACCCCCAUCCCAACCCAACGGCAUCAUCCUGGCCUAUCAGAUCACGUACAGAAGAAACUCGUCCAGCGGUAGCGCCGCCACCGUUGACGUCUUGAGCCCCAGCGCGCGGCAGUACACGGCGGCAGCACUCAAGCCCGAAACGGUGUACAUGUUUCGCCUCAGUGCGCAAACGCGCAAGGGUUGGGGCGAGGCCGCCGAGGCCUUGGUGGUCACGACAGAAAAGCGAGUCCGACCUCAACCCACCAGCCGGCCCGUCGCGCUUCAGCAGGAAGUGCGGGCUCGCCGGGUGCUGUUGUCAUGGGAACCAGGCAGCGACGGCCUCUCUCCGGUGCGCUACUACACGGUGCAGUACCGAGAGCUCCCGGACAACAACUGGAUGGUCCACUCGACGUCGGUCAGCCACGAGAUCAACUCCUACUCGGUGGACAGGUUAAAGCCCUUCACGUCGUACCAGUUCCGCGUGAAGGCCACCAAUGACAUCGGCGACAGCGAGUACAGUCAGGAGAGCGAGGCCGUCACCACGCUGCAAGACGCCCCGGACAAAGCCCCCACCAUUCUGUCUGUAACGCCGCACACCACCACGUCCGUGCUGGUCUGCUGGCAGUCUCCCUCUGAGGAUCACAUCAACGGCGUCCUGUUGGGCUUCAGGGUCCGCUACAGAGAGUUGUACUACGACCGAGUGCGCAGCUUCACCGUCCGCUCCGUGAACAGUCCCUCCCCCAGCUGGGCCGACCUCACCGCUCCUUACAGCAUCAGGAACUUGAGCGAAUCCUCGCUCACCCAGUAUGAACUUGACAAUUUGAGUAAACACAAGCGCUACGAGAUCCGACUGAGCGUGUACAACGCAGUGGGGGAGGGUCCGAGCAGUGCGCCACAGGAGGUCUUUGUGGGCGAGGCAGUGCCUACUGCGCCGCCCCAGAACGUCGUGGUCCAGUCCUCCACCGCCACCCAGCUAGACGUCGCUUGGGACGCCCCGCCGCCGGACGCGCAGAACGGCGACAUUCAGGGUUAUAAGAUUUACUUCUGGGAGUUUAAGCUGCAGAACGAGACGGAGCGCCUGCGUACGCUGUUCCUGCCCGAGUUGGGCGUGAAGCUGAAGAACCUGACGGGCUACACCACCUACAUGAUCAGCGUGGCCGCCUUCAACGCGGCCGGCGACGGCCCCCGAUCGCCGCCCGCCAGAGGACGCACUCAGCAAGCAGCCCCCAGCGCUCCCGGCUUCAUCCACUUCGGCGAGCUGACCACCACUUCCGUCAACGUGUCGUGGGGCGAGCCAAGCAGGGCCAACGGCAUCGUGGAGGGCUACCGGCUGGUUUACGAGCCGUGCACUCCGGUCGACGGUGUCAGUAAGAUAGUGACAGUGGACGUGAAAGGCAGCGCCCCCCUGUGGAUGAAAAUCAAGGACCUGGCCGACGGCGUCACCUACAACUUCCGCAUCCGCGCCAAAACGCUCACCUACGGGCCCGAGGUGGAGGCCAACAUCACCACGGGGCCCGGAGAAGGAGCGCCAGGCCCUCCGGGAGAGCCCUUCAUUUCUCGCUACGGUUCCGCCCUCACGCUGCACUGGACCAGCGGCGACCGAGGCCGCGCGCCCAUCACGCGAUACGUCAUCGAAGCGAGACCGUCUGAUGAAGGAUUGUGGGACAUCUUCAUCAAAGACAUCCCCAAAGAGGUCACGUCCUACACGCUCAACCUGGACAUGCUGCGAGAGGGCGUCACGUACGACUUCCGCGUCAUCGCCGUCAACGACUACGGCUACGGCUCGCCCAGCCUGCCCUCGCCCUCCAUAUCAGCCCAGAAAGUGUCGCCGUUCUACGAAGAGUGGUGGUUCCUGGUGGUGGUCGCGCUGGUGGGCCUCAUCUUCAUCUUGCUGCUGAUUUUUGUCCUCAUCAUCCGCGGACAGAGUAAAAAAUACACCAAAAACACUGAUUCAGGCAACCACUCCAACUGCACGGCGCUGCCGCUGACCCACGGCGAGAUGGUGCGCCUGGACGAGGGACGCUUCCCCUCGCUGGAGCUCAACAACAGGCGGCUCUCGGUGAAAAACUCCUUUUGUCGCAAGAACGGCAUCUACACACGGUCGCCGCCGAGGCCCAGUCCUGGAAGUCUGCACUAUUCCGACGAGGACGUGAGCACCAAAUACAACGACCUAAUUCCCGCAGAGAGCAGCAGCCUGACGGAGAAGCCCUCUGAGAUCUCAGAUUCUCAGGGCAGCGACAGCGAGUACGAGAUGGACCAGAGCCGGCAGAAGACGCACUCCUUCGUCAGCCACUACAUCAGCGACCCCACCUACUACAACUCGUGGCGGCGGCAGCCCAAGGGCGUAUCCCGGCCGCCGGCGUACGGCUACGCGCAGCCCGAGCCCCUCGCGGAGCAGGAGUCGCGACCGCAUCCGCCCCCCGUGCCACCCCUGCCCCCUCUGCCGCCGCUCAUCCCGCAGAGCGCCCCGUCCCCGCAGCCGCAAGCCCAGGGCCAAGGCGCCCCGUUCAGGCCCAAAGGAAGCCGGACUCCCACCCCGUCCCUGCUGUCGUCGGAAACCCCCAGCCAGCACGGCGCCCUCUACCGGCCCCCCAGCAGCCUGGGCUGCGCCGCCGCCGUCCCGCCGCCCGCCGCGGGCUUCUCCUCUUUUGUUUGAGGCGGUCGUUCAAAACGACGCCCUCUCGACGACUCUCUUUUUGUUUUCAAUAUUCCGCAUCAGCGGCGUCUUUCUCCUCUGCCGAGUGUGCGCGUGU